CAGUUUCCGUGAACCGGUAGUUGACCAAGUGCUUCCGGCUAUUAUGUCGUCCAACAAAAAUGGCGGUGUAAAUACUGUUUUGAGCAGGUUUCGAAUGACAGAAAAUUAAUGCACUACUAUUUGCUUUUUAUUCCUCUCUCUACUCAUGGCUGGUUUACCUCCGGGAGACCCGCAGCUGGUCUCUAUGAUCGUUAAUCACUUAAAAACUCAAGGUCUUUUUGAUCAGUUCAGGAGAGACUGCUUAGCCGACGUGGAUACAAAGCCUGCUUAUUUGAACUUGAGGCAACGUGUGGACAACUUUGUGUCAAAUCAUCUCUCGAACCACACAUGGAGCCCUCACCUCAACAAGAACCAACUGAGAAACAACAUCAGACAAUUAGUUCUGCAAUCUGGAAUGCUCGAGCAGGGAGUGGACAGGAUUGUGGCUCAAGUGGUGGAUCCAAAAAUCCACCACAUUUUCCGGCCACAGGUUGAGAGGGUGGUCCGGGAGUUCCUAUCCCCUGGGAGCCAUGUUGAGGAACCCCCAGCAUAUUAUCCUCAAGGGGAAGACCUCCACCUUCCACCUUCAGCUGUGAUGUCAGCACCAGGCACUAGUGCAAAUGCCAUGUCUAUCCUGGACACCAUCAGCUCCCUGAACCAGGACGCAAGUACUCGAGCGGGCGGGGAGAAGGGACAGGAGGGGGAGCUGGACCUAGACGACGCUGUGCUGAAUGGCAGCACCGGGGAACAAGACAUGAGCCUCGUGGAGGAUGAGGAAGAGGAGGGAGAGGCGGUGGAGAGUCAGCCCGAAGAGGAGCAGGAAGAGGGCGAGAAGCCCGCGCUGGAUGUGUUCAGCACCGAGAUAAAAACUGAGGUCGUGAGCGAAGAGAUGGACAUAGACAGAGAGGCGGAGAGCGAGGAGGUGAAAGGGGAGGAGGAGGUAAAGGAGGACCCGGCCGAAGAGGAGAGGGAGAUUAAAGAAGAGGAGGGCAAGGACAAAAGCAUGAGUAGAUCUCCCUCUAAGACUGCAGAAGAGGCACUGAGCAGAGAUCAGGACACGAGCAAGACCAUUAAUGAGAAACAGAACAUGCGACAGAAAGCCAGAGAAAGGCUCAAAGAAGAAUACUCCCUGGAGGAUUCCGAUCUGGAGGGUCUGAGUGACAUCACAGUGAGCUCUGUCCACACGAGUGACCUUUCCUCCUUUGAGGGCGAGAGUGAUGGGGAGCCUCAGGCAUCCGAUUCCACAGAGGAGGGCGAGAUCACAUCUGAAGAUGAGAAAGCAGAGGAGACGAAAGCCAGCGCUGACGACGGCGAGGAGAACAAGGAGCGCAAGCCUGGGGCUCGUCGGCAAGGCUACGUGCACAAACCGUUCCUCUACUCUCGUUACUAUAGCGACUCAGAUGAUGAAGACACUGUUGAGCAGCGCCGGCGGUCUGCGGCCAAAGACAAAGAGGAGAGACUGCUGAAGCGGCAGCAGAACCGCGAACGCUACGAAGAGAAAAGGAGGAACAAACAGUUUCAGAUGGAAGAGCAAGCUGAAAAGAAGGCCGUGGAUGACGCACAGAGACCCAGGGCCAAGGAAGCGUGCAAGGAAAAGAAGGUGCUGGAAAAGAAGGUGGCCCUCAGCAGAAAGCGAAAGAGAGAUUCAAGGAAGGAGGGUGAUACUGGAAACAGAAAGAAGGGUGAUUCAGAAGGGGAUGCAAUGAAGAAAGAUGACUCUCAUAAAGUGGGCACCUCAAGGGGCCUGCCUUCAAAGUCUCUGAGGAGGGUCUCGGAGUCCUCUGUGUCCGACGAGGCCCACAGGAGGAAGAGCAGCAGUGUCUCGGAGGAGCCUGGUGAGCCCAGGAAGCUGUCGGACAAAAACCGCACGCAUUCUUUCAUUCUGGAUCUGGAGCAGGGGUCCGACGAGCUGCUCCGACAGAGGCCCUUAGGCAAGUUUGAACGACAUUCGCGCAAAGACCAGCACCCCAAAGAUCGCAAAGACAAGGAGAGGGAGCGCAGCGUCUCCGAUGAAUCUGUUAAAAUCAAGCAGAAACCUGAGAAGAAAGCAGAGACGCACGGCGAUGAGAGCUCGCAGAGGGAAGGGCCUGAGGCAAAGGCCUCGUCAUCUGAAGACAAAGGGGAGAAGAAGAGCUCAAAGCUGAAAGUUGAAAAGAAGAGGUCCUCUGUGUCUGAAGGGUCUGCUGUGGAGGAAGGGCAGAGAGAUGUCGGGUCAAAGAAGAUGAAGUCUCCCACAGCGGAAGCCGUGAAAGACAAAGAAAAGGAGAAAGAAAGGACCAAAGGAGAGAAGGUGGCGGGUAAAAGCGAUCCCAGGCAGCCCCUUCAUCCUGAUUCCACUGGAUCCUCGGAAGAGAGAUCUGACCUGGAGCUGGGGUCGGAAGGGAUCAGGAGAAAGGACAGAUUUCUCAAGGAGGGCCUGAAACGAUCAAGGAGUAUGACUGAUACAAAGCAUGUAGAGAAGCACAGGUCCAGGCUCGACAGCAAGGACUCUGACAAGGAGAAGUCGAAAGGAGCUCUCAGCUCGCCCGAGCGGCAGAAGCCCACCUCUGAAACGGAGGGAGAACCUCGGCGCAGCAGAGAUGCUGAGCCGGGAUCAUCGAAGGGGAAAAUUCUGUCCGAGAAAUCAAGGUCCAAGUCGAGAGAGGAAUCAAAAACUCCAACACAAUCCAAACCGGACAAGAAAGCUUCAGGUCAAGACACUAAGAGUAAAGCUGCUACCUCAGUCAGUAAAACGGACUCAACGAAGGAGAAGAAGAAAUAUGGUGGUGCCAAAGAGGAGAAGAAGCCCUCGGAGGAACUUUCCACCGAAAAAUCGCAGGAGACCAAGAGCGCAAAGAAACCGAGUGAAAAGAAGGCCAAAGAUCCUGAGAAGAAGGGAGACACACUUGCUGACAGGAGAGGAGGCAAAGCAGUGGACGUGGCUAUGGGUUCCCCUCUUUCUCCAGUCAUGGCUAUGGGUUCCCCUCUUUCUCCAGUCAUGCCUGAGAUCCCUGAGACGCCUGACUCUGCAAAGGCCUCAGAGCCCAAAGAAUCAAGCGUGGAGGUAGACCCCACCGCUGCCACCAGUACGCCUCCAGCCACCGGUGUUGUUGCCGUUUCUGACGACGCCUUUGAUGCCCUGAGUGACAUCACCCCAGAGCCUGAGGAUGAGGAUGUGGCCACACGGCUCGUCGAAUGUGAGGAAGAGCCGAGGCCCCUGCCAGCCGAGGCUGCCGCCCUCCUGAGCCUGAUGGAGGUGUGUAGCUCGGCAGAGAGAAGCUUCGUCACGGAGACGGAGCCAGAGCCAGAGCCAGAGCCGGAGCCAAUGUCUGAAGUGACUCCAAUUGCAGGGUUGUCAUUACAGGAAGCUGACUUGAAAAUGAAGGAAGCAGCCCUCACUCUGCUGUCCAUGGACCCUGACAUGAUUCUCUCGCCGAGUUUGAUUAACAGUCACAUGACCCCUGUUGCUACGGAAGCCAUCACCCCACCUGAGGAACAGGCCACACCUACCGUUGGGCAGGCUGGGGAGGAGUCAUUGGUCGAUUCUUCUGGAAAUGUUCAGGGAGCUGAAAGUACCCAACCAUCACAGGAGAUGCCUGCAGACGAACAUGUACAUGGUGAAGAUGUCUCUGACAGCAUUGUGGCCCCAGUAGAAUCGACUGUGGUUAACCCAGAAGAAACUACACCAAAAGAUGACGCAGCAGAGGAACGCAUGGAGGAAGAAAAGCCCUCUGCUGCCACCUUGGCCUCUCAGGUCACUUCUGCAACUACACCAUCACAGAACAUAGAGGUGGGUAACGAAGAAGUGAGAAGUGAGAACGACCAAGACUCCCAGAGCGCCUCAGCUGAUGUGAGCGCAGAUGCAACUAAACCGAAGGGUAGACGCAGAAGGCCGUCCAGCCAGUCUUUGGCCUCUCCAUCAGAGACCUGCUCGACCCUUACUGUGUCUGACAUCACUGAAGUGGCCCUGGCAGACUCCACCGAGAAUGAAGCGGCCCCCAGCAGUACAGACGAAGAGGCCCCCAGUGAAUCUGCGGUCACAGAGUCUGAGAAGUCUGAGAAGGACCAGACAGAACAUGACGUCUCUAAGCAGGAUGAACCCUCACAGAAGACAAGUGUUACUCCCGAUGAAACUCCUCAGGUGAUGACAGGCCCAGAGGCUGUGUUACAGGACCUGCCUGAGGAAGCACAGGUGACCAGAGGAACACGGAGGGGUCGCCAGGCCAGACUAGUCAAACAGUCCAGCAGCGCCUCUCAGUCUGACGGUCAAGAGGAGGAGAGGGGGUCAGAUGUGUCAGAGAUGGAUGACAAAUCCGAGGGCAGAGUGACCCGCAGAGGAAGACGGAGCGCCGCAGCAGCAGCCAAGGACUCCAGUAAAUCAAAGGCAGAGAAGGAGGGCAGUGGCCAGAGCGACAUGAAAUUAGCGACAGAACAACAGGUAGAGCCGGACCCCGAGAGUGAGAAGGCGCCAGAGGCCCCAGAGGCGCCAGAGCCAGAGGCCCCGCGCAGGGGACGCUCGUCCAGGGCCACCGCCCCACCCUCUGAAAGCCAACAGGAGGAGCAGGGAGGAGAGGAGGCGCAGAAAGAGACUGAGAAGGAAGAGGAGACCCCUGUCACUAGAGGCAGACGCUCUGGAGCCCAGACCAAAGAAGCUCCCACAGGUAGGACUGGUCUGAAGAGGAAAAGGUCUGAAGAAACAGAGGAUUCUGGGGAGGAGGUGCCUGCUGAGGAGAAAAUGACCUCCGAUGGAGCAGAGGGGGAGUCUUCCAGCCAGCCCUCUGAGGAGGCCACUGGUGAGACGUCUCAUGAUGUCUCAUCGAGUCUGCCUGAAGGUCACGAGGAGAGCAAGCAGGAGAGCGCAGCAGAAAUGAAAUCUGAUAAUUUGGCAAUGUGGGAACAACAGGGAGAGGAGUCAGAGAAGCCCCAGAAGAGGACACCUCGCAGGGGGAGGCCAGCCAAGGCAGCAGCUGCUUCCACGGAGGACACAGACAAGGCUGCACCUGAGAAGAAAACCAAGAAGGGAGAGGAGCAGGAAGGAGAGCAGAAAGAGGAAGAGGAGGAGGAGGAGGGGGAGGAGGAAGAGGAAGAAGAAGAUGGAGGAGAAGAAGACGGGGUUAAGGCCAAACCCAGAGCCACAACGCGAUCUGCGGCGCGUCUGGAGGCCGAGAAGAACAGACCCACCAAGCCCUCCACUCGAGCCCUGAGCAAAGCCAAGGAGGGAAGCACUCCCAACAAACGAGCAAAAGGACAGGCCUCCACUGCAGCCAAGGGGGCGCGCAAACGUGAUGCCAGCCCCCCAACCCCACGUACCCGAGGGGGGCAGAAAUCAGAGGAGCCCCCCGCCAAACGCACAAAGAGAUGAGGACCCAUAUACCUGUACAUGGACUAUGAAGAAAUGCAUUCAUUGUUUUUAUUAAGUCAUUCACCCUUUGUAAAUAGUUAUUUUAAUUAGAUGCUUCCAAUGGCUCACUCCGUUUUUUUGCUCAUGUGAAAGAUACACAGCCCUGUAUGGGAGAGGAGGUGGUUUCGGUGGGUAGACUGGGCUUGCACAAACAGCAGUUAAAUGUGUUCUUGCCCGUUAUAGUUCCUGUCAAAACAGUUCUCCGUGACUGGGGUCUGACCCUCACGUGACCCUCACGUGACCCUGGUGGAGGCGUUUCUUCUUAUCAGCUGGGGGAGAAAUCACAGAAAGUGCCGUAGGCCAGGUAGCAGCCCCACUCAGAUUACUAUGAGUUGUUGUGUUGAGGUGUUUUUAACUAGACUCCCCAUGGGGUCGUGUUGUGCUUAAACUGAGGCAUUUUGUGACCCCGUUGUGGUGAUCUCUCAACAGAGUCGCGAAGAUCUUGUUCAAGCCAUUUGAAAUAUACAACGUUCGUUUGAAAAUACCAUGUCUGUAUUGACUUAGGUCUCAAGUG